UGAAACACACCGGAGCAAAAACAACAACAGUAGUAGUAGAUGGCAAAGGUCCGGAAGGAGCAAAACAUAGACACCGGCGGUUCGGCUUCUGCUAACAUGUUUUUAUUGCUUUUUAUUUCACUCUUUUCACUUUGUUCGUCGGCUGACAGAAAUGACAAACCCAUUAUUGGUGUUCUGGCUCAAGAAGCGUUUCAGCCCAAACCAAACCAGUCAGCAUACAUCGCUGCCUCUUAUGUUAAGUUCUUAGAGUCGGCUGGAGCCAGGGUUGUACCUGUCAUGAUUAACCAGACACUGGACCAGUACAAGACUCUGUUCAACUCCAUUAAUGG